AUGUGCGAUUCGUUUUUCUUGCAUCCAAUCAGCGAUAAAUCCACCCUUACGGUUGCGGUCGCGCAGCCGUCGUUACACCCAGUGUUCGUGUCCAAACAGUUUUACAAGGCUUUCUACACAGGCUCCCGACGAUUAGCGGAAAGAGAUCUUGGUGCGACGUCGAUCUGA